GGGCAAGGCAGUGAGGGAAUGGGCUCAGAGGGUGCUGGAGUCCCGGCCUCAUCUGCUAGGUGGGCCUCUUGUGGCCGCUCUGAGGACGUGCCCCCAGCCGGUGCCCUUGACCCUGGUAUCACCCCCUACCCUUCCUCUCUGCCUCCUGCCCUAAGCACCAUGGCUGAGCAGGAUGUGGAAAACGAGCUCCUGGAUUAUGAAGAAGACGAAGAGCCCCAGGCUCCUCCCGAGAGCACCCCAGCGCCCCCCAAGAAAGAUGUCAAGGGCUCCUACGUGUCCAUCCACAGCUCUGGCUUCCGGGACUUUCUGCUGAAGCCGGAGCUCCUGAGGGCCAUCGUGGACUGCGGCUUUGAGCAUCCGUCUGAGGUCCAGCACGAGUGCAUCCCCCAGGCCAUCCUGGGCAUGGACGUCCUGUGCCAGGCCAAAUCUGGGAUGGGCAAGACGGCAGUCUUCGUGCUGGCCACCCUGCAGCAGCUGGAGCCCGUCAAUGGACAGGUGACAGUCCUGGUCAUGUGCCACACGCGGGAGCUGGCCUUCCAGAUCAGCAAGGAGUAUGAGCGCUUCUCCAAGUACAUGCCCAGCGUCAAGGUGGCCGUGUUCUUCGGAGGCCUCGCCAUCAAGAAGGACGAGGAGGUGCUGAAGAAGAACUGCCCCCACGUCGUGGUGGGGACCCCGGGCCGCAUCCUGGCGCUCGUGCGGAACCGGACCCUCAACCUGAGGAACGUGAAGCACUUCGUGCUGGACGAGUGUGACAAGAUGCUGGAGCAGCUGGACAUGCGGCGGGACGUGCAGGAGAUCUUCCGCCUGACGCCCCACGAGAAGCAGUGCAUGAUGUUCAGCGCCACUUUGAGCAAGGAGAUCCGGCCCGUGUGCAGGAAGUUCAUGCAGGACCCCAUGGAGGUGUUUGUGGACGACGAGACCAAGCUGACACUGCACGGCCUGCAGCAGUACUACGUCAAGCUCAAGGACAGCGAGAAGAACCGCAAGCUUUUCGACCUGCUGGAUGUGCUGGAGUUUAACCAGGUAGUGGUCUUCGUGAAGUCCGUGCAGCGCUGCAUGGCUCUGGCCCAGCUCCUCGUAGAGCAGAACUUCCCGGCCAUCGCCAUCCACAGGGGCAUGGCACAAGACGAGCGCCUGGCGCGCUAUCAGCAGUUCAAGGACUUCCAGCGGCGGAUCCUGGUGGCCACCAAUCUGUUCGGCCGAGGGAUGGACAUCGAGCGCGUCAACAUCGUCUUCAACUACGACAUGCCCGAGGACUCGGACACCUACCUCCACCGGGUGGCUCGUGCGGGUCGCUUUGGCACCAAGGGCCUGGCUGUCACUUUUGUGUCCGACGAGAACGAUGCCAAAAUCCUCAAUGACGUCCAGGACCGGUUUGAAGUGAACGUGGCAGAGCUUCCGGAAGAAAUUGACAUCUCCACGUACAUCGAGCAGAGCCGGUAACCAAGCGCCUGACAGAGCCCCGAGCUGCCGCUGCCUCCCCAAGUCUUACUUCACGCUCUUUCUAAGCCACAACGGGUCUCCCUUUUUACGUCUUAACGCUGUAGAUUUGUGUAAGAAUAAAUUUUUAUUAUGGAA